AUGGGAAAAUUUGCUACACAGAAGCGUAAAAAACGCCAAUUUUGUGCCAAUCGACAUACUAAACGUUCUCGUGUUGAAUAUGAGGGAGAGGGCGAGCCAGUAAUGCAAGAAAAUAACGAGGAAAGCGAGGUUUCUUUGAGUGCUGAUGAGGGCAACGUGGGCGCUAUUCCAGCUGGAAUUUCAGUGUCCUACAGGAAGCUUCAGCCUCGUGUUCGGCAGAAUUCCAGUGAGAAAAGAACCCCUAAACCUUCAACAAAAAGUUCUCAAGGCACUUAUGGAUUCAGGCUUUGUGAUAUGGAACUUAUUGGAAAUGUUUUUUCCAUAUUUGUCAGCUUCCCAGAAUGUAUACAACACAAUGGAAGAAAAUAA